AUGAAAGACACCAAAGAACACACCAAAGAAGAGGAGAUCUUCACACUACGUAAGAUUGGGCAAGGCUUUUGCGGCACAGUCUGGGCUGCACCAAGAGGGCCCGCACUCAAGAGGGAAGAUGGUGGGCCUGCCCGAUCUUUGAGAAAUGACUUUGAGAUGCACCAACGAGUGCUUCAAAGCUUUCAAGAACCAAUCCUAUUACGCCCUCGAAUCCAAAUCCCAGCCUGCUAUGAUUUCAUCAAGUCAAGCGAUCACACAUGGUGGUCAGAGAACCAGCGAAGAUUCCCACCAGGGUAUACGCCAUGCAAUGUCAUUCUCUCUCAACGCAUCCCGCCCUUUCCUGAAACCACCAGACGACUGCUCAUUGGCAGCUACUGCCCCCAAAAAAUAAAAUCACAAAUACUCAACAGCGAGCCUGACAAGGACUGCCUCAUCAGGCCAUACCUCGGCCGAAGACGCACACAAAGGGAUAAUAGUACAUCGCGUUUCACCGCAUUUUCUCUGCGGAAUUUCCCACUUCAUCUGGAUCAAAUGGAGUUACUCGGAAUUACCCCCAGAGAAAUAAAUCAGUACGCAGAGGUGAUGGCCGAAACUCUCGCGACGAUGCACUGGGUCGGCGAAAUUGAUGGAAGGGACAUCGAGUUUGUUCUUGCGCCUUCGAGCGAGAAUGGCUUCAAAAUGAACACCACUGUCUUUGGAGAGCAUUCAAUAUGGGUGCUAGACUUUGAUUGUUGCAGGAGUAUGGAAAUGAGCGAAGAUGGAGUGGCGCAAGCUGUCAAUGCAUUUUGGCGCCAUGAUCCCUACUAUCCCCGGCCUGGAAAGGAUCCUUUACUCCGGGGUGCGUUUCGAGAACGCUACAUCCAGGCCAGUGAGGGCUUGCGGCAAUGA